AGGGUCCGGAUUGACCCCCCUCCAGUCCCUGCUGUGCAGCCAGAAGAAGCACUUCCACGCCUUCACUGCCCUUCGCUGGAGCAUUUCAGAGACAACUACCUGAUUCCACAGAAGCCUGUGGUCUUAGAGGGCAUUAUUGACCACUGGCCAUGUAUGAAGAAGUGGAGUGUGGACUAUUUUUGUCAAGUCGCAGGGUGCCGCACAGUCCCCGUGGAAUUGGGUACCCGAUACACCGAUGAGGAAUGGUCUCAGAAGCUCAUGACUGUCAGUGAUUUCAUCAACCAGUACAUUGCGAAUGAGAACAGUGUAGGAUACCUUGCCCAGCACCAGCUUUUUGAUCAGAUCCCAGAAUUGAAAGAGGAUAUCAGUAUCCCUGACUACUGCUGCUUGGGCGAAGGGGAAGAAGAUGACAUCACCAUUAAUGCUUGGUUUGGUCCAGAAGGCACCAUCUCACCUCUUCAUCAGGAUCCCCAGCAAAAUUUUUUAGCCCAGGUAUUUGGAAGAAAAUAUAUCCGUCUAUAUUCACCAGAAGAUUCAGAAAACCUGUACCCACAUGAAAGCCAAAUUCUUCACAACACCAGUCAGGUUGAUGUGGAAGAUCCUGACUUAGUUAAGUUUCCCAAUUUCAGAAAGGCUGCAUUUCAGUCCUGUAUUCUGAUGCCUGGCCAGGUUCUGUUUAUUCCAGUUAAAUAUUGGCACUACGUACGAUCACUUGAUAUCAGCUUCUCUGUCAGUUUCUGGUGGUCAUAGCUUUGAAGGAUGCAUAAAGUCUGUUAGCACUGUAUUAGCAAUUAAAAAUCAGAAAAAGGAACAUCUGGCAUCUUCUAACAAGAGAAUUCUUUUUAAGCAUGAGAAUGUUCUUCCC